CAGUAAUCGGUGGCUCGCGGUGAGGUGGGACAUCAAUCGAGAGAGAACUUUCCUCAAGAAAACGCGUUGCACGAGUUUGCGUCAGAAAGCUGAGUCGCGAGUGAAAGAACGAAGAGAAAGCGGAUUGUGACUCUAGUGUGGAGGAGAGAGCUUCGGAGCUUUUUUAAAGUCCCAGGACAACGCUGAAAAUUCGUCCGACAAGCAAGUCGAACGAAACCGUGAAAAUUCCCACAUUCAGUGAAGUGUGCAAGAGAGGUUUGACGAGUGAAGAAACGCCCGAUCAAGCGGAUCUACUGACCGAUAUGACCUGCUGCCAGGAAACACGAGUCUAUCACACGCAAAUCACGAUGGCUGACAGCGCAAAAACAUCGUGGUGCGAGGACAAGCGCCGGGGUGGUACAAUCAGCUGCGGCAUGCUGCCGACUCUGCGCGCGUUGGCCUCGCGAGGAUGCGACUGUCAGGGCAGCAUCUGUCUCGUGCCCUUCGACAUGCCGAUGGACGCGGCCAGUCACCUACAGAUGACGCUGUUGAAAGCGUAUUGCCGGGAGAUCGGCAUCAAAGUGCUGAGCGUGUCCGAGAAGAAGAUACGGGACUGCCUGUGCCCCGGAAGUACGGACAUGUCGUGCGUUCUGAUAGCCAAGGACGAUCCACUUUUACUCGAGUUGCCGGAUUGAAGCUCGGAGCGCCGUUUAUGAGAAAUAAAACUAAAGAAUGGGUCUAGCGCGCCUGUUUUCUUCAUCGAAGACUCGAAGAAGAUUGCUUAUGAAUGAUCUCAGGAAAGUCUUCGCAAUGAACGAGAGGCCGAAGAGACUUCGUCCCGGCACACUACGUGCCUGAAGUGUCUCAGUAAACGUGCUGAGAAGAGACAUUUGUGCAAACUGCGAGUUGUCUUGCCGCAAGAUCUAUCUGUAUUAGCUGUCGAUGGCACUUUUUGUACUUUUCUCCAAAUUUGUUGUUUUCUACUUUUCUUUGUCAGCGCUGUAAAUGUUUGGAGAGCUACCGAGUGCAGAAAGUGAACGCAGCUGAUGAGAUUUGUAAAAAAAUUUUUUAAAAUGAAAAGAUUUAUUAUGAUUAAGGCGAGGAGAUUUGUAACCCGAAGGAGUGAUCUUAAAAUCACUCGAUCAAGUAAUAUUAAGUACUGUACGCAUUGGGUCAUUUAAUAUGAAAAUUUGACAAAUAUAUAUGAUUCAGUGAUAUGUAUACUCUUUAAUUGUAAGCACGAGUUUUGUUAUGUAAUAAUUAAUCAAUAUUUGUACAACACAUUGUGUGAAAAAAAAACAACAGUGAAUAUCAAAGAACAAGAAUAUAAAACUGUACAAUACUCGA